AUGUGUUUUGCAUCCGGAAAAGAGAAGGAUGUGGUCGAAAAGUUAUUACUAGAGGAAGCAAUAGAGAUUUUAGCAUGUAAAAGUCACUAUGAAGUCACAAUUCACCGCUGGAAGGUUGACAAGUUUGACUUUGUUGUCUGCACGAAUGCCUAUAUUGGCGUCGUUUUUGGCAGCGUUGAAAUUGGACUAGUCUUAGCGGUUGCAAUAUCUGUGAUCAGGGUACUUUUGUUUGUGGCAAGGCCAAGGACUUUUGUUCGAGGAAACCAUCCGAAUUCCAUGGUUUACAGAAAUGUUGAGCAGUAUCCCAAUGCAUGCAAUGUUCCUGGAAUUCUCAUACUAGAGAUUGAUGCUCCCAUUUACUUUGCAAAUACCAACUACUUAAGACAAAGGCACACAGGUUGGAGAGGACUUGAUGAAGGCAUCUGGGUCAUCAAACGCCAUAGAAAAGCAACCUGCUCUGCUUCAGAUGGUACCAAGAAAAGAAAUACCAGUUUCAAGAAAAUAAAUAGUGAUGCAGGAGCUCGCGUGAGUGACUAUGCUGUCAGUGAGUUUGUUCGUGUGGGCUUUGAGAAUGAUGCAACAACUACUCACAGAAGAUCUAAGGUUUCUAAUUCAACAUUCCAUCUCAACCAGCUGCAAUGGCACCACAGUCAAUAUGAUUCGAAUGUAAUUUUCCAAGAGGAAGCUUGGUUUGAAUCAGUGAGUAUUUUGGAGUUUGACUCGGAUGAUGACUUUAUCAGUAUACAUGGAGAUGGUUUUCCAUUAGCAAGCAAUCCAGUUGGGAAUAUCUCAAGUGGCCAAGUACUUCAGUACGAAAUAUCUGCUCGCUUUGUUGAUAAUGGGUGUAGGUAUGAAGAAUUCCAAAGCUAUAUGAAAAUAGAUGGAGGGAAAUCAGAUAAAAUCACAGGCAAAGAUGAGCGCAAGGAAUCAAAUUGGUUUUCGCUUGUUAGUACCAAGGGCUAUGAGCUUUCUCGCUUAGGGAAGGCUGAUGAAGUUUGCAGUAAGAGGAAGAAUAUCCGUGCGGCUAUACUUGGUUUUUUUUCAAAUAUUCUAGUUAAUCGGACUCGAACUCAUCACUACGAACGUUUAGUGCACAGAGCAAGCCCGUUCCAGGUUUGGAGCAGUGUUCGAAAAAUCGGCCUAAGUGCUGGGCGGGAGAGGACACCGACACCAGGGAGUUUGGGAGGGCCUAGGCGGCCUGGGUGGAUCUCGGCGGCCUGGGCGGGUCUGGUCGCCAUGGCGGGUCUGGGCGCCAGGGCGGGUCGUGUCCUUUUAUUUCCAAAUGAAGACAGACGAAGCUUGCUGGUGUGA